GACCACCCCUGCAGGCCGGAGCGGUGAGAGGAAGUGAAGCCUUGGGCCACCCACCAAGUGCCUCUGAGAGAGAACUAGAGCGAGUGGCCAUCUCACGGGAAAGAGAAGGCCACCGAGGCUCCCGUGGCAGCGGAAAGAGUGGAUGAGGUCCGCGGCCAUCACUUCGGCGGUUCUUUGAAGACCGGAGUCCGCAGCCAGCGACGCCGGGAGUCAGUCUCUGAGGGCAGCAAGGGACUACGUGGCGGCCCCCACUGUGCGGCCAGCGACACUCUGGUGACACUUGCCACCUCAGUGAUUUCUGGGAGAAAGGGAAGACAAAAAUUCCCUCCACGUGGGCCUCCAAGAGAGGACUCCGCUGCAGCGGGUGGGAGCGAGUGAAGAUCGCUACGGCAGCAAGGGCCCGAAUUCAACCCGCCCCAGUUCCAGGAGGUUGCACCAUGCCCGGGGUCUCCGCUCCGAUGGCCGCAAACCCCACAGAUGUCAGGAAGAAAGUUCAUCUGGGAAGCAUUCAUGAUGCAGUGCGGGCAGGAGAUGUAAAGCAGCUCUCGGAAAGAGUGGAACACGGAGCCAGCAUUAAUGAAGUGGAUGCUCUCCAUAAGUUUAGCCCUUUACAUUGGGCAGCACAUUCUGGAAGCUUGGAGUGUCUUCAUUGGCUGCUCUGGCAUGGAGCUGAUAUCACACAAGUAACUAAGAGAGGCUGGACAGCAGCUCACAUAGCUGCAAUCAGGGGUCAGGAUGCUUGCAUUCAGGCUCUUAUAGUGAAUGGAGCAAAUCUGUCAGCACAGGAUGAUCGUGGAUGCAAUCCUUUACAUCUUGCUGCUGCUCAUGGACAUUCUUUCUCUUUACAGAUAAUGCUCCGAAGUGGAGUGGAUCCCAGAGUGACUGAUAAGAGAGAAUGGAGACCUGUGCAUUAUGCAGCUUUUCAUGGGAGGCUUGGCUGUUUGCAACUUCUUGUUAAAUGGGGAUGUGGCAUAGAAGAUGUGGAUUACAAUGGAAACCUUCCAGUUCACUUAACAGCCAUGGAAGGCCACCUUCACUGUUUCAAAUUCCUACUCAGUCGAAUGAGCAAUGUAACACAAGCAUUAAAAGCCUUCAAUGAUAAUGGAGAAAAUGUAUUGGACCUGGCCCAGAGAUUCUAUAAAGAGAACAUCUUACAGUUUAUCCAGGGGGCUGAAUAUGAAGAAUAUGCUCCAGAAGAUCAGGAAACUUUAGCAUUUCCAGGCCAUGUGGCUACCUAUAACGGUGAUUUGGAAACACUUAAGAAAUUAAUAGAAGAUGGAGUAAUAAAUAUUAAUGAGCGGGACCAUAAUGGAUCUACUCUCAUGCAUAAAGCUGCUGGACAAGGACACAUAGAAUGUUUGCAGUGGUUAAUUGAAAUGGGAGCUGACAGCAAUAUCACCGACAAAGCUGGGGAAAAACCUGGUGAUGUGGCUAAGCGGUUUGCCCACUUGGCAGCGGUAAAGCUACUAGAGGGGUUACAGCACUAUGACAUCGAUCAUGAAAGUGAAUUUGAUGAAAACAAUAUGAAUUUUUUUAUGAGACAUGGUGUUGAGGGAAGCACUGAUGCCAAGGAUGAUUUAUGUCAGAGUGAGUCAGAUAAAGCAGACGCCCGAAUGAGAGCUCACAAGAAAAUUGUAGAAUUGAGACACCUCCUGGAAAUUGCUGAGAGCAACUAUAAACUCUUGGGAGGAAUAACAGAAGAAGAGCUAAAGCAGAAGAAAGAAAAGCUGGAGUCUGAAAAGACCAUCGAAGAGCUCCAGGACCAGCUGGACUAUGAACGACUGCGCAGAGAAAGAUUAGAAUGUCAGCUGGAUGCCUGUCGAGCAGAGGUGGAUCAGCUCAGGGAGAUGCUGGAGAAAAACCGGGUCCCCACCUUUGUGGUGUCUCCACCUAUGGAAGAUGACUCUUCUUGUGACUCCGGCAAAGAGAAGAGGGCAGUGAAGAAAAAGGAGCCUUCUAGGGGAGUGUUUGUGAGAAGGUACUGAAGGGGGAGAUUACUUUCAGUAAACAUCUUUGAUGUUUCUCCUGCAUUUUAAAAAUAAAUAGAAAUGUAAAUCUA